AUGUUGCCGGUAUUAAUUGGAGUUGGAAUUAUUGGAAUUAUUGGCAUUGCAGUCGGCGGUGCUCUUCGUACCGCCGAUAAUAUAAGAGGAGAUGUGCAUACUUACAGAGACAAAGUCCUUGCAAAGUUUGAUCGUGUAAGAGAAGACGCAAAAUAUAUAGCAAAUCAAGGAUUGAACACAGUAGAUAAUUUUCAAAGUUUUAGCAAAGAUGUGGUGUCUACAGCAAUAAGAAAAGUAGAUGACUUGAGAAAUGAUUUAAGAAUUACUUUAUCACAAUUAUUUUCGAGAAUUGAUAGUACAAUGAGUGAUCUUCAUUAUCAUAGAAAGGAGAUAAUUGAUUGUAUCGGUCGAAAUGCAAACAAUUUAAGAAGUGAUCUUAACUCUUCAGUUUUAAAUAUUGUAAAUUCAAUUCAAUUCUCUGUCAUAUUUAUACUUUUAUUUGUAACUUGUCUUACACUUUACGGACAGCAGAACCUUAAUUGGAACUCAUUGAUUACUUUAUGUUCAUAUGUUGCUGUGAUUGGAAUAUUGAUUGAAUGUAUUUAUCAAUUUUCAACGAUAAAUUCGCUAAACUUGCCUAUCUUUCGAUCAUUCUUUUUAUGUAUUCUUUUCAUUAAAUUUCUUAUGAUUAUCAAUCCCUUUACAACAUCUUAUGCAAUCGAUCAUCGCGGAUUAUCAUUCGAUGAUUCGGUUGAAACUGCGUCAGAUGACAUUACGUUUGUUCAAAUUGUACGCAACAUCUUGCAUCUAUGCUUUUGCUUUUCGAUAGCUGGACUUGCCUAUUACUUAAUUAAAAGCGAUUUGAUAUCUCACGAUGAAUAUACGCGCAAAUAUCGCCUGCGUCCAAUCAAUAUCCCUCUUAUUCGUUAUGCAUGUUGCGGUGGUAUCUUCAUGAUAUUGAUUGUAUAUUUAACCCAAUUUAUCUGGUUUAUUAAAAAACAAACGUUUAUACAAUAUUUUGUUAAUAGUAAAUCAUAUGUAGAAUCAAACACAAAUGAAUACUAUGCAACAUUAGUAUACUAUUUAUUGGGAAUCAAUAUGCGACCCACGGUUUACAUUCAAAUUUUAUAUUGUUCUUUGCAUAUAUGCUUUUAUUUUUGA